AUGCGUACCAAAGGACGGGAUGACUUUGGUCAGUUCAUCCCAGAAUACUUACGCCUUCUCCUCUUCGAACAUGAGAACGAUGUCGUCUGCAUAUUCCAGAUCGACAAGGUUUUCUUCACUGGCUAUUUGAACACCAGGGUUUUGGAGACCCUCCAGCGUUCGUCUCAUUAUUUCAUCGAUCACAAAGUUAAAAAGGAAUGGAGAGAUCGACAAAUGAUGACCGAUGUAGAACGACUGGAAUAUAUGCAGAAUGAGAAAAACAACUCAAAAACGCAACGAGAAAAGCGCAGAACAUUCAUUCUGAACUAUCUAUCUGAAAAACGCAUUGUACCCUCUGUCAGUGCUCUUCGUCAGGUGAUCUGGGAUCACGAGGCUGCUGCAGGACUCACAGUCAAAAUGGAUCACAAGUCGUUGCACCGCAUUAUUGAGGAGUUGCUCAAAUCCAAAUUGCUUGUCAUACAUGUGGUCAAGUCUAUUCAGGGAGAGUUGCGUUUUCUGUGCCAUCCGGACAUUCGCAAGGACGACCCCCUGGUUGUCAGUGCCGUCGAGGCGCAUAAUCUGGAACUGCUGAAGAAGCGCCCGAGGUUGUCUGAUGUGCGGACAGGUGAUCAGAUAUUGCUCAAUCAAGACUUCAAAAAGUUAACGGAAAAGGCUAUGCAACCCGUCACUGUGUUGGCAAACCUUUGCCCUCGACUGCGACGCCGAUUACUUUUGCAUGAGUAUUUGUUUUAUGUACUGUAUGUUUUACCCCGUGAUAUGGAGCCUCUAGUUCCAUCGUCCAGCUCGACUCCGGCCGUUUACCACAAGGAAUACAGUUGGCGCCGCUACGUUGGACCCCUUAGUCCACCGGAUGGCAUGAAACUCGGAUGGUUCUCACUGAAUGAUCUGCUGCGCGCAAUGCCUUUCGGAUUGUACUUACAUUUAAUCUGUGGAGCCUCGCUGCCGAAAAUCAUGUGUCGUUGGCUAGGCUUGAAAAAAUAUCUGGGGAAAAUUUCUGCUCAGGAGCUUCAAGAACUGGAUGGCCAGUUGAUGCUCGAACGUGUCCAGGAUGUCCCCCUGGCAGAGUUAUUCCUCUUUCCUCUGGAAAGUGUUCAGCCUCCUGGAGGUAGAUUUGGUCGAGUUUCUUCAUGGCUAUUCUCAAUCACUCGCGUCCGAUCGAUGUUAAAUUUGUUGGAAGAAAUGACUAUUCACAAUCUAGUCUCACUCUUUGAUCAGAAAACACCUACGGAUCCGGCUAACACGGUGAAGGUUUUGGCCUAUCUGCAUCGAAACGCCGGCCUUCUGGACACUCGCUAUGCGAACCCGGCUCAUCGUGUACUCACCGAUUUGGAGAAAUGUCCGUUCCUUCGUUUCCAUUUCAACACCAUGUCGGACGUGGCGAACUAUUGGCAAACAUGUGAAGUCAUAUGUCGCAACACCCCGUUAGGGCACCGCCUGAUCAAGACAGACUUAGAUAGACAGAAUCCGCUCCCCGUGGACCGAACUCUGAUUCCCUGGUCUGAUGAGCAGCGGGACAAGGUUGUGGAUGACGGAUCUCUGCCAAUCAUACAAUGGCCGUCUGAUGCUUUGCCGUGUGAUUAUCAACCAUUCAACAUCGACAAUCAGCUUGUCUAUCCAUGUGGGGCAUGCGGAUUGAAUCCACUGGAUUUUUCCUACCUGUCACGAAAUUGGGACCGUAAACAACAGAGAGCACACCUCAAUAAUAAAGACACCUCGUCAGAAUCGGAAUCCGAUACCGAAGAUGGAGGUGUGGAGUCUGUGUGGAGAUUUCCUUCAAUUGAUCGCGUCCCGCUGAAUCCGGAAGAGCCCUUUUGGCAGUGGGACCACCGCUUGUUCGAAGACACUGAUUUCCAAGCAGCGUAUGAUAUCAUCCCGAACUUGGGCCCGACUGCCUCUGAUGACCAUCCAUCGGAAAGUCGUCGAGCCUAUGGAUUUUUCUCCGUUACCAGCAAGUAUCUCACAAGAGGUACAAGCGAUUCCAUGAACAAAGGAAAAGAAUCGGUUGGGUCGCGUGAAGGAUCUCCUAUUCAGCCGAGUUCUGUUUCCGCGCAAAAGCCAGAUGCUUCGGAUGAUGAUCAUACUGGUGGUAAACCCUCCGAAUUAGCGGCUUCAAAGAAGCGAGCCAUGCAAAAACCUCGGAAAUCUUUGCGUGCAGCUCAGAGGAGGAGGCCACUGAUUAAAGAAGAUCGUCGCUCGUCACGAUUCCGGAACCCACGCUGCUGUUGGUCCCCACUUGAGGAUCAGUUGCUCGUCGUUUGCCGCGUCGCCUCGUUGGUGAUUGGAGGGUCAUCUUCGAGGGAAUUCCUUUCUGUGCCUUAUUCCACUGUCCGCGAUGUCCUCCAGCGGUACAUUCCACAUGUGAAGCCACCCAAAACAGUGCAUGCCUAUGCUCGUCGGAUGAAGUUUAUUCUUGUACUGAGACGAUCCGAAUGCACCGCGGUGAACAUUCUUCUUGCUCGUGUCUCUGCUCGUCCUGAUCUUCAGCGGAAAUUUAAUUAUGGUCGAAACCGUUGGUAUGCGCUGUGCAGAGAUGCGCCUAAUACGGCCGAGAAGGUAUUCCAUUCAGCCGUGGACUGCAUUAUAUCCGAAUUUGUACCUCGUCUAAAUCAACUCCGACCAGAAGCUAAAAUCACCCCCGCAUCACCUUCCACGGCAGACAUCCCCGAUGAGACGGCCUCGGAAAAUGUCGAACUUCCACGAGACAACAAGCCACCUUUUGAGGCCGAUUCUUCAGCUGCGUGCGAUCACGAAUAUCGCAUUUCUGGAUCACGCUCUGAAGUCGAACAGAAGUACAGCUUGUUCAAGCUGAACAGUAAAACACAAUCGCAGGGGCUAGCAGAUGUUGGCAAGAACCGCGUUGCUGUGGUUGUCUACUCUUUGUACAACUACGCCAUGUCUUCAUUCCGAUUCAUCCCGGAUCCCACGCACCCAUUCCGUUCAUUCAUAUUCAGUCGUGUGCUCCAUCAGUAUCCACGCAUUCAGCUUGGCCAGACUUUAUCUUUGUUAAUGGCCGGUAAACUUGCAACCGCGUCCAAGAUGCCUACAAUUCAGAAAAACGAACGUAUUCUCCACUCCAAACGGGUGAAACUGUCACAACGCUUCUUACAAUGGGUUUGGUACGAACUAGUGGCCCAAACUAGGCAAGUCUGUCAGGCACGCUUGCUCUGGAAAGCGACUGACCCUCAACUUCUUGAACCCAAAACUGAAUGCUCGUCCCAAGAGCCCCUGCUUGUUCACUCCUUCAAAGAACAUACGAGUGGCGGCGAGGUCGCAGUAUUUUUGGAACUCAUGUUGCAAGAUCAAUUCUUACAGUUCGACAUGGACUUUCAAGCUGGCUCGAUCACUUUCAUCCGUGAUGCCACAAUUAAUGAAGCCGUGCGUUGUUUUGAAAACCGCUAUGCAGACAACGAUAUAUCGUCCGAUGUGACACCUUCCAAAAGUGGCGACACCUCAGGCCAUAGGAAGUCGUCUAGUGUGAUCAGACGGGAACUUUUACCACAAUUGCAAGAAAUCCCUGAAUGUUUCCACGAUCGCCAGUUUUGGUUAAACGCUGCAUACAGUAACCGCUUUCGAUGGUUCGAGAAUCGCUUGUCAUUCUGUCAAAGUCAGCUAAUUCUACGUAGUCGACCGUGCACGGAAGACACAGGGCGUAUGCAGUAUCUUGGCUUCAAGAAACAACGUCAGGCCUCACACGAAGUUAUACAGUCCAUUGUGUACAGAAUGAAUGAUAGAAUAAUGUCCUCUUUGGAGCUGAAGAAAAAUGGAACCAAAACCCUAAUGGUGGUUCCUGAUAGUUCUUCUCUACAGUGCGAUUUGGAGAAAUUCAUCAGUGAAGGGCGAUUCACUGGACGCACAACUGAAGAGGUUAAGGGGAUGUUUGGUGAUUCCCGUGAAGUAUCUGAUUCAAUGGAACAUUUACUAAAUACCAAGAGGAUCUGUUGGUUGGGAAGUACUGUGUCUCGAUUUGUACACCGUCGCCAUAUUCGCCUUUGGUUGGUCCACCUCAAACCUGGAAACGGGGAGACCUCAACCCCCAGGAGUGGUCAACAGACUAAUCAGGUCGUAAAUAAAGGCGAUGAUUCGAGCAAUUCCCAAUCCUCAUACCUUGAACCCAAGCGGAAGCGCGCUAGAGUCGAUGACAUAGAGUCUGGUUCCCCUGGAACCACGUCCACCUCCCUAGUGGAACCAAAGGACUACCCCUCGGAGUCAUCCGAAAUGGGCUUCUUCUUUCCUGAAUGCUGGUGCGCCGAAGAUGGCCGGCCGAAACCACGAGCACUCUGUGGCUUUCUGCAAGCUCUCAUUGUUCGUUUGACAGAUAGUGGUGGGACUAAUUUGGCCAGUUUCGCAGGUCAAUACCAACGCCUAUUCGGACAACAAGCCAUUCGGCGUCUUGUUUUCUGGCUCUCCGACCUUGGUGCCAUCCGACUGUUCCGAAUCACGCGACAACCCAAGCCUUCUUUGUUUUCCCGACCACCUACAUAUACGGUUUCAGAUGAUCUAAUCCUGGCCUCUCCUGAAGAGCUAACCUUGGUUCCGACACCGAACUGCAUAUCAAUAGUGGGCGAAUUUUGUGACAAAUAUCUAAUGGAUGCUGGAGAUGAGUACACUGUUUCUUAAUCCUUCAUACUUACUUAUUCUCGUCGUACGAACUUCCUAUUCCUCAGUGUGUACAGACCCCAUGUAUUAUAUUUAAAUAUUUUUAUCCAAGACGAAUGCAUACUUUUAUUAAUAAUGCAAUACACAUUAUCAA